AUGAGUGAUAGUAGUGACGCUAAAACGCCGUGUUCACAAGAUGGCGGAGACGAAAAUGUUACCAAGCGUCGUGCACAUAAAGCGGGCGUUUCCUACAAACGCCGCAUGGCAACCGACAUAUCGACGGUUAAUUUAAAGGUUCCGGCUUUCGCACCAGACGAUCCGGAAAUAUGGCUCGUGCUACUAGAAGGCCAGUUUACAUUGCACAACAUUACCGAUGACGCCGAUAAAUUCGCAUACGUAGCCGGUAACCUCGAUAUACAGCACGCCAAAGCCGUAAAAGAUAUAUUGCUAAAUCCACCGGCCAGCAAGAGGUAUGAAAAAAUUAAAAGUGAGCUAAUACGUCGCUUAUCUGCCUCCCAUGAAAAAAAAGUGAAGCAGCUACUGACACACGAGGAACUUGGCGAUAGAAAACCGUCACAGUUCCUACGGCAUCUCCUAGAUCUCGCCGGACCUUCCGUACCUGAGGACUUCGUUAGGACCAUCUGGAGCAACCGGCUUCCACAAAGUAUCCAGACUGUAUUGGCGUCGCAACCAACGCAUUCCUUGGAGCAGCUGUCAGACCUGGCUGAUCGCAUUCAGGAGAUAACUACCCCAUGUCACGUCGCUGCCACUUCAUCUGGCGCAUCGUCUUCUACCAGCGCAUCCCAGGAGAUCGCAGAGCUGAAGAAGAUGGUCGAGCAUCUGGCACUAAAGCUCGAAGAACGCACCACUGCAUCACAUCAUCAUCGACCUAAUCAUCGCUCUAGACCGCAACAGCGUCGUAACUCACCACGACAACGGUCUAGAUCGAACUCUAGCUACCGAAAGUUCCCUGUUUGCUGGUACCACUCGAUGCAUGGAGACAACGCACGCAAAUGCGUAAAGCCGUGCGACUAUAAGGCGGGAAACGCCACGGGCAGUCGGUAA